CAGACACCUGUCCCUUCUGGUCCACAGAACCCGGGGCGCUGCAACCCGUAGUAGCCUACUAGUCCCCGGAACGAGUGGAGACUGAGCCCCGCAGAGGCCUCGGACCCGCGCCCGGAGAGCCAUGGCUGCAAAGCUGCUGCUUCUCCUCUGCCUGUUCUCGGGCUUGCAUGCUCGGUCCAGGAGGGUGGAAGAGGAUGAGAAUGAAGACUCUCCAUCAAACCAGAAGUGGGUCUUGGCACCCAAAUCACAAGACACUGAUGUGACACUGAUUCUCAACAAAUUGCUGAGAGAAUAUGACAAAAAGCUGAGACCGGACAUUGGAAUAAAACCAACUGUGAUCGACGUGGACAUUUAUGUUAACAGCAUUGGUCCUGUGUCAUCCAUCAACAUGGAAUACCAAAUUGAUAUAUUUUUUGCUCAAACCUGGACAGACAGUCGCCUUCGAUUCAACAGCACAAUGAAAAUACUUACUCUGAACAGCAACAUGGUGGGCUUGAUAUGGAUCCCAGACACCAUCUUUCGAAACUCUAAAACAGCAGAGGCUCACUGGAUCACCACACCCAACCAGCUCCUCAGAAUCUGGAAUGAUGGGAAAAUCCUUUACACAUUAAGGCUCACCAUCAAUGCAGAAUGUCAGCUGCAACUGCAUAACUUCCCCAUGGAUGCACAUGCCUGCCCCUUGACCUUCUCUAGCUAUGGCUACCCCAAAGAAGAAAUGAUUUAUCGUUGGAGGAAAAAUUCAGUUGAGGCAGCUGAUCAGAAAUCAUGGCGGCUCUAUCAGUUUGACUUCAUGGGCCUCAGAAAUACCACAGAAAUCGUGACAACAUCUGCAGGUGAUUAUGUUGUAAUGACUAUCUAUUUUGAACUGAGUAGAAGAAUGGGAUACUUCACUAUCCAGACAUAUAUCCCCUGCAUACUGACUGUGGUUCUGUCCUGGGUAUCCUUUUGGAUCAAAAAAGAUGCAACACCAGCAAGAACAACAUUAGGCAUCACCACGGUGCUAACCAUGACCACUCUCAGCACCAUUGCCAGGAAGUCCCUGCCUCGUGUGUCCUAUGUCACUGCCAUGGACCUCUUCGUGACUGUGUGCUUCUUAUUUGUCUUUGCCGCACUGAUGGAGUAUGCUACCCUCAACUACUACUCAAGCUGUCGAAAGCCAACCGUCAGGAAGAAGAAGACAUCGUUAUUACAUCCAGACUCCACAAGAUGGAUUCCUGAUCGAAUAAGUCUUCAAGCACCCUCUAAUUAUUCUCUCCUGGAUAUGAGGCCCCCACCACCUGUGAUGAUCACGUUAAACAAUUCCAUGUACUGGCAGGAGUUUGAGGACACCUGUGUCUAUGAGUGUCUGGAUGGCAAAGACUGCCAGAGCUUCUUCUGCUGCUAUGAGGAGUGCAAGUCUGGCUCCUGGAGAAGAGGCCGCAUCCACAUUGAUGUCUCUGAGCUGGACUCCUACUCUAGGGUCUUCUUCCCGACAUCCUUCCUGCUGUUCAACCUGGUCUAUUGGGUUGGAUACCUAUAUCUUUAAGUGCUGCUCUGAAGGAUGACUGAAGAGUACUUGAUUCAUAUUUUUCCUUCCACCAUCCCCAGACAAGUAGUAACCAACCAAAAAGUCGCAGGGAAGGACACUAUUCCAGUUUGU